CCUCCAAAGUACAAAAAGAACUAGUACUGCUUACAUUCACUUCACUUUUCUUCAUCUCAAAUUUCCUUUGUUGUGUUCCUCACACACAUGAGUGUAGGAACAACAUCGUUUGGGCAUUGUUAUGAUGGAGAACCAGAAUCUUUCUUUGCCACCCCACGUGGACGCAUCUCGACCGUCCCUUGGGUUCCCUUUGGGCACUGUCCUUCUCUUGAUCAUCAUCUUCACCUUCAGUGGCGUCCUCUCUUGCUGCUACCAUUGGGAUAGGGUCCGUUCCUUCCGUCGUUCUUUCUCUCAUUCCGACCCCCAAAUGCCUUCCUCACCCACCAAUUCUAAGCAUUCCAAGGAAUCGAAGGAAAACAGGGGGCAAAGCUUGCCAGUGUUGAUGCCAGGGGAUGAGGUGCCAAAGUUCAUAGCCAUGCCGUGUCCGUGCCAGCCUUCAAGACCAGAAAACAUCGUUGUCACCGUCGAAAUGGAGAAGCAGCCGCCCAAGCCCCCGCAACUACCUGUCCCUUUCUAUUUGUAAUUAGCUAUUGCCAAGGUUCUUCUCCACAACCGCAAUUUUCGGCAAUAUCAAAGAUCGCGAUGUAUCUUCUGAAACCACAAUAUCAUAGAUCACGACAAAUUAAACUUCUGAAACUUAAAUUUAUAAAAUCUUGGCUAGUUGUGCUACUGCUUCUCAUCACAUGUUGUGCUAGUUGCCAUCAUUUGUUGUAAUGUAUAUUCAUUGUUCACCGAGUGUAAGAAAAAAAAAAUUCAAAAUAAGAAUAAGGGAUAGGUAGGGUUGCAGGUCAAUUCGUAGAUUUUGAGGUCCAUUUCAUUUGAUUCAAUCGAUCCUUCUUGUGUAGUAUGUAAACAAUUAAGCAGUUUCUAGAUGGUGGAUAUUGCAUCGGAAACAAAAUCCAAUUUGGUUGGCUCUUCUUGAGUUUGACUUGAAAAAGAAAGUACUAGAUAUUAUUGCACACAGUUGGUUUUU